AUGCGCUGUAUACCACACACUGUGGUGCUACUCCUUUGUUGCACCAUUGCUUGUUUCGCCAGCGCGGAGCACAGGUGCAUUUUUGACAAGAUCGCUCGCAAGGCCGGCACCCCAACGACAGUUGUAGUGCGGGAGGUGCCGCACCAACGGAGCAGUGGGGAGCAGGCAAUGGCCAUCUCCUCGUCAACCUGGGAGACCAUGCGCUUCCGCGUCUUUACGGAGGACAUUGAGAAUUCAUCGAGGUAUUGUACUUCAGCAUCGGAUGUCCGUCCAGACUUCACGGGGGACAUUGUGCAGUGCACUGAGGGCGACGUGCUUACGUCGGCAAUGAGGUCCGCGAUUAUGGAUCGUCUUAUCCCUCAAGCAGUUCAAAUGCACGUUGAUCGUCUCCAUGUACUAAGGACCGGCGGCAACAUCGUUGUACCAACGUACACUGGUCUUUGUGGUGAAUUUACAAUUCCCAGUGACCACCAUACGGUGGGUGUUUCCAAUGCUGACAUGGUCUCGUACGCCGCCGCUGGACCAACAUCUGGUUCGACUCUUGCGUGGGCUACAACGUGCAGUGCUCUGAUUAUUGGACGCCCUGUCGUGGGUGUCAUGAACUUCGGCGCGCAAGUUGCCACUGACACUGAGCACAAUGUUCGUGUUGCCACGCACGAGAUAGCCCAUGCUCUUGGGUUCAGCAUUGACGCGCUGAUGGUCCAUACGUCUCUGGUAGCAAUGCCCGGCCUCCGUGGUAAAAAUUCCGUGCUCGUAGUGGCGUCUCCCAGGACACUGGAGAAGACCCGUGCAAACUUCAACUGCAGCACUGCCCCUGGCAUGGAAUUGGAGGACGAGGGUGGAAGCGGGACUGCAUUAUCACACUGGGGGCGUCGCAACGCUAAGGAUCACGGGAUUUUGUUGUCUUUGUUGGAGCGCCGCCGGGAAGAGCAGAGCCGAACUGUAACCAGCGAUUUUCUCGCCCAUGGGUUUUUUUAG